UUACCGCUGGAUUUAUUGCUCGAGGUAACUAAAUCCAAGAUGGCGGACGCAACGGUAAGAGAAGUGAUUACUUUACAAUUUGGACAUUAUGCGAACUUUGUUGGCACGCACUGGUGGAAUAUACAAGAGUCCUCAUUUUGCUACGACGCAGCAUCCCCUAAGAGUGAAAUAAAUCAUGAUUGCCUGUUCCGGGAAGGUUUGACGGUUACAGGCCAAGAAACUUACACACCUCGCCUUCUCCUGUAUGAUCUGAAGGGAAGCUUGCGAAAUCUUUCAACCGAGGGACUCUUAUACGAAGGCCCUUCCAAAAAGUACGUUGACUGGGAAGGAGAAAUUACGAUUUAUGAAACAAAUCCCGAUCAAAAGAAUGAAUUUCAGGCAGAUAUCGAGAAAACUAUGGUAGUGGAAAGUCAGGAAUCUGGAAUGGACUCCCAAACAGGAGAUGCGACUGAGGAAUUAUCUGAUAAAGUUUAUAAUCUCGAUGAUGAAAUCGUUGUAUGGUCUGAUUUUCUAGGGACCCAAUUACAUCCACGUAGUGUAAACAUAAUAAAUGAGUACUCGCAUGAUGCCGACAUGUCUCCAUUCAGUGUUUAUGGCUAUGGGCAGAGCCUAUACAAUGAUGAAAGCUUCAGGGAUAAUUUUGAAGAUGGGUUACGGUUCUUUGCUGAGGAAUGUGAUAGACUACAAGGAUUUCAGAUUCUUGCUGAUGUCCAUAAUGGGUUUGGUGGGUUAAUGUCACAAUGCCUUGAAGAUCUCCGCGAUGAGUACAACUCCAAAUCUAUGAUCACCGUGGGUUGUGUCCCUGCUCACUUUAAAGACACAGACCAGGAGCACAAUGUGAAAAGGAUUCUGAACAUGGCUCUUAGCUUCAGCCAGAUCACUGAGCAUUGUGAUUUGUUUGUACCUUUGUGCGUUAGCAAACAAGUGUGGCCAAAGCCAGGGACCUAUGUGACAUUCCCCUACCUUAACUAUAAGGGUGAGUUGCCAUACCACACUAGUGCCAUCCUGGCCUCUGCUCUGGACACCUUUAGCCUACCAUAUCGCCUGGACACGCCUAAAGGGUGUGGCAUGAGAGACCUGAUCAGUACCAUAGCUUUCAGUGGCAGGAACAUCGCUCAUGCUCAUACAAUGCUUCCUAUUCCAGUCGGACCUCAGAAGAGCCUAGCUUCUCUGCUGAAUGAUUGCAUAGAGAAAAGGCCUGAUUCGAUGCUGCCACUCACUCCUCACAUCAACCAAUCACAGAAGCUCAUAUCCCAAGCUGCUGUUUUGCGUGGCAUUCCACAAUCUCUGAGACAUCACCCUUUAGGGAGUCCUAAGGCCAAGUCUAUGUUUGGAAGCUCCAAGUCAAGCUGCGACAUGUUGGAUAUGUAUUUUCAGUCUAUUAAUCCCAACUCAGUCAUCAAAAACUGGACAUUGGAUAAGGCUUUUGGAACAAAGGCACCUUAUCCAAAUAUAUUCAAUGGUAGCGUCGGAUCAGAUGGACUGGUGUCUGAGGGGAGUGACAGAGGGGAGGGUCAAGCUAGAGAGGUUAAAGAGACAAGUGUGCUAUCAGCACUUGGAAUGUGUGCUGGGACAGGCGAGAUGCUGGAAUCAUUGAUUACCUGGUCUAACAAGGUGGAUGUGCGGAAACACCAUGAGUAUUUAGAGAGUGGAGUGGAGUUUGAUUUAUAUAAAGAGAAAAUUGAGAGCUUACUGAGUCAAGCCAAUCUUUAUAAAAAUCCUUGAUAGACAGUCGUUGAUAAUGAGACAGUCUUUGAUAACUUGAUAGACAGUCCUUGAUAGGCAGUCUUUGAUAAUGAGACAGUCAUUGAUAAUGAGACAGUCGUUGAUAGACAAUCAUUGAUAAUUAAUCAGUCCUUAAUAAUGAGUCAGUCCUUGAUAGACAGUCAUUGGUAAUUAAUCUUUGAUAUACACAUUUUGAUAAUGAGACAGUCCUUGAUAAUGAGACAGUCCUUCAUAGACAGUCCUUGAUAAUGAGAAAGUCCUUGAUAAUGAGACAGUCUUUGAUAAUGAGACAGUCUUUGAUAAUGAGACAGUCCUUGAUAUACAGUCAUUGAUAAUUAGAUAGUCCUUCAUAGACAGUCCUCGAUAAUUAGACAGUCAUUGGUAAUGAGACAGUCAUUGAUAAUGAGACAGUCAUUGAUAAUUAGACAGUCCUUGAUAUACAGUCAUUGAUAAUUAGAUAGUCCUUCAUAGACAGUCCUUGAUAAUUAGACAGUCAUUGGUAAUGAGACAGUCAUUGAUAAUGAGACAGUCAUUGAUAAUUAGACAGUCCUUGAUAUACAGUCAUUGAUAAUUAGAUAGUCCUUCAUAGACAGUCCUCGAUAAUUAGACAGUCAUUGGUAAUGAGACAGUCAUUGAUAAUUAGACAGUCCUUAGUAUACAGUCAUUGAUAAUUAGAUAGUCCUUCAUAGACAGUCCUUGAUAAUGAGACAGUCAUUGGUAAUGAAACAGUCCUUGAUAAUGAGACAGUCCUUGAUAAUGAGACAGUCAUUGAUGGUGAGACAGUAAUUGAUAAUGAGACAGUCAUUGAUAAUGAAACAGUCAUUGAUAAUGAGACAGUCCUUGAUAUACACAUUUUGAUAAUUAGACUUCUUCUGUAGUAUAGUGUAUGUGUGUACCUUCACUAGGUACCUUCACUAGGCACCAAUAAUGGGUCAUUCCUUAUUAAAGGAUCGUCAAAUAAUUUCCCUUUUCCAUAUGAUAGCUAUGGCUGGGCACACGCCCAGGUAGAUGAGUUCCCAGCUGCUGGGUACCGCUUUAUAGUAGGCAUGAUCCCUUAAAGGAUUCGAAAAGGUUAGACAAGUCAGACUGGCGGGUCAAAAGACCGACAGGACAGAUAGAGAAACUGACAGACAGAUAUAAAUAUAUAAAGAUAGUCGGUAGUCAGAUCAGGGGAGUCAGUCAGCAGGGCUGUAAUGUGCCUGGAAAUAUUGGGGUUAGGGGGGUCACAAUACAGGCUUAUUCAGAAAAAUGGGAGGCACAGCAAUAGCGGUACAGCACUGGUCAUUCACUAAAAAAAGCUUAACAUAGAGGCUACAAGAUGGGUGACUUGACUGAGAGACGGAAGAGAGACAAGAUUAAAACUCAAAUUCAAGUUCUAAAGAGUACAUCCAUACAGCAAAACUUGCAGAGCGAUGUGCCUAUGCCAGGUCCACACUAUACUAUACAAAUAUCAGUCAUGCAGGACAGCAUCUUAUUCAUCACAUCCAUACAGCUCAGCUCACAGAGAGAUGUGCCUAUCCCAGGUCCACACUAUACUAUACAAAUAUCAGACAGACAGGACAGCAUCUUUUAGAUCACAUUCAUACAGCUCAGCUCACGCCUAUGCCAGGUCCACACUAUAUUAUACAAAUAGCAGUCAGACAGAUUCAUGUUUACAUCCAUACAGCUCAGCUCGCAGUGAGAUGUGCUUAUGCCAGGUCCACACUAUACUACAUAAAUAUAUAUCACAGAGACAGAAUCUUAUAGGUCGCAUCCAUACAGCUCAGCUCGCAGGGAGAUGGCGUUAUGCCAGGUCUUAGCGAUGAUGCGGACGUAGCGUACUCUUGGGCGGUAGCGAAGCGGAUGAGACACCACUUGUGUCUGGUCUAAGUUGCCAGCUAAGAUCUGGAAUAGAAUUAUCUAUGAGUCCAUACUAUUUUAAGUAAACCUGGGUUGGGGGGCUAAAGGGCCAAGGGGUGUACUUUGUCUGUCAACUGGAUAAAGCUGCACGAUGUAAAAUACUGAAAAAGAACCAUAGCCAUCCUUUUGGUCAUUCUUUGAUAGAGUAAAUCGAAGGUAUUUUCGUUCUUCCUUGUGAGCGCUAUAUUGUUACCUGGGAUCAUGUUUGUACCACAGACAAACCCGAAAAGCAUUUAAUAAACAGUGGUUUUCUUUCCAUA